UUACUUGUGAAGUUUGUUAGAUAACAGGAGGUUCAACGGUCUUUUGUCAACCAAAAGAGUUUUUGUCUACAACCCGUCGCACGGGAAACGUGAGUGAGAGCGUGUGAGUAGCAGAGCGAGAAAAUCGACGGAGACUGUGAGAGAGUGGGAAAAACGGAAAAACAGACAGCCAAGAGCGAUUGAAUACUGAAAUAGCACUUUAGUAUCGAACAUGCAAAGCAAGAGGAUAUUGUCAGUGCUAUCGCUAAGGCCAAUUCGUCGUAGCAAGGCAGAGGAAGAGCAAAUGUUUUUCUUGAAUUGAAUGGGUAACAGAAAAACCGUCGCAUAGUUAGUGGAUAUCCUGUGGAAGAAUUGUUGCAAAGUAGCAACGCAGUCACAAGUCGAGGGAUUGUGCAGCUAAGUGAUUUAGUAGUAGCAACGGCAUCAGUAAAGGUUCCAUCCAUCAAUCGCACUCAAUGGCGAAGGGAGCUAGGAAGAAAACGAAAUGGGUAUCCCUUUCGUUAGCUAGUGCCACCUCCACCGUUCCUCCAGCCGAACACGAUGCCGCUUCCAAAUUAUCUCGAGGGACCAAAAAAGCAAUCCUCGAGGAUGUUAAUGGGGUAAACGUAGAUAAGGCUUCGUGUCCAGAAAAUAUUGAUUCUAAAGAUGUUUCCACUUUGCACUCAUCCGAUCGGAGAUCAUCAUGGAAUAAUACCAACGGUUAUGCCCGGCAGCAAACCACAGAGGGAAGCAUCGGUCAACCAUACUCGAAUGGCUAUCAUAGCCAUCCUUCAAGAAACUACUCGUCUCAGUUUAAAAGUCAUUACAAUAGAAAUAGUUAUUAUCAUAAUGGUAGCAGUAGGAAACCUCAUUACAAUAGCUAUAAUGGCAACGGCAGUUAUAGGAAUAACUCCAACGAUCAAUAUACUGCCGAAGUCAAAAACGAGCAAAAUGGCGCUGUGAUCAUUAACGAAGACGAAUAUACGAAAAUUACCACUCCACGACAGGAUGUCCUGUUUAAAAAGGGCUAUUUAUCCAGGCCGAAAAAGCACACAACGUCAUCAACGAAUGGGAAUGAUAAUGGAGCCGCAACGGGAAGCAGCUCCGUGAAUGGUACAACGGAUGGAAGUGAUGUCGCCACCGCAAGUGGUUCGGUUUCUACCGCUGAAUCGGUCACAUCCGAUUCAGCGUAUCUAACCGAUGGCCACUUGCUGGAUUAUCCCGCACCUUUGCCAUACUUUGGCUACAUAGAUCAGAGCGGAGUUCUUGUCAUGAAUGGCUUUGCUGUUGAUAAUAGCGGAUUCCCCUACAUGAACGGCGGUCAGACUUACAUAUAUCCUACAAAUUAUCACUGCCAGUCUUCGUUCAAUGAGGACGUGGAUGGAGGAGAACUUGCUGCAUCGGACGACGACAAGAAUCAAUCAAAUGAUACAUUCGAUGAUGUCGAGGUGGUAGAAGCUGUACCUGUUACUUUGCAAGAGAACGCCGAAGUUUGUUUGCUGAAUCAAACACGGCUCAACAGUAUUUCGGAGGAAAAUGGUCAGGAUGUGGUGAACGGUGAAGUAGACAUAGCAGAUCUGAAUCAACAAGUGCCACAGCAACCGAUACUGUCACCUUUUGCAAACAGCUUCGAUUAUGCUCAAUUUUAUAAUGCUUUCUACUAUCCUGGCUGUAUGGUGGCUCCAUUCCCGGUGGUGGGAAAUGAAAUGUACUGCGAUCAAUUUGGCGGAAUGAGUGAAGAGGAACACGCAAGGCAACAGAGCUUCAGGAAACGGAAGAAACGAUACAGAAACUGGGAUGAGUAUCCAGCUGAGUUCUUCCCAGAUGGAACGAUUGACACAAUGUAUCAGUAUCCUAAUGUCUUAUGUAUCCCGGAAACUGAAGUAACCGAUUCCACUGAAGUGCCUGUCGAUGGUAUUAUUUCCAACCCCACCUCAACUGAUCAGGCAGUUCCGACGCAGCCAUCGACGACCGCAGAGAAUACUGACAUCGCCGGCCAUAAUUCUACCAACGAGCUUCCUUCUAGUCAACAAUCAGACAUCAAUUCCGCUUCGCUACGUCCGUCAAAAUCACUAAAUGCACCUAAACUCGCAGAACGAUCUCAGCAUCUAAAUACGGUUUCCAAAGCACCAGGUAGGCAGAGAUCUCACGCUCAGAAAAAUCGUAAGAAGGAUCUAAUCGAAUCUACUCGUGCCUUCGCCGAGCAAAACAUAGAUCUUACGAGACCCGCAAGCUUACUGAGGCCUCCGGACGUUCAGCAAAGUGAGUCGAGUGAAUGGCGUACUGUUCGCAAUGGAAAAGAGGUUACAAUAGAAGAAGACCGAGAACUGCGUUCUGUCGGCACUAAGAAUCUAUCCAACGUGGUUUUGGAAUCGCCUUCAAAUGUUAAAUUGUUCUAUGAUGAAUGUAAGCAAGAGCCAUCAGUGGCUAGUUGUGAUUCUACGACUGCAGUUUCAGAGGAAACUAAACGUCCUAAAAAAGAAACUAUUGGGAGAAAGGGGAAAAAGACUGCAAAAGGAAAAGGGAAGAAGUCGAAGAAAAUUGGCCUUUCACAGAAAGGCUUCGAACUGAUCGAACCAGAGUUCCCUGUUUCCGAGAUAUCCAACGAGAGUGAGCUUGUAGAGUCAACGGAUGCUGCUGAUGAAGCUGUACCACCAAACGAAAAUGCGGUUAAAGAAGAUGUUGGUGACAGCGAACAUGAAAUCAUAGAAGCUGAGCAAGAAGGGGUGCUCUCAUCAAUCUCAAAUGAACAAGUUACAGCUGGUUGUGCGCUGAAUUUAGAAAACGAUGAGGAUUACGAUGUAGAAUGUCUUGAGGAAGAUUUGAGAGAUAUUCAAUUUUCUGAUUUACAAAUCGAGACUGUUGAUCAUGUUGCAAAUCAACAAGAAAAAGUGAUCGAUGCCAUUGGCAAACAAUGUGAAACCCUGAAUAUUCCGGAUGAUUCAAUCGUGCAAGUAAUAAGUCAAAAUAAUCCGGAACACAUUGAUACGACUAAGAAAGAUGAACCGCAUGAGGUGCCUUCAGAGUUGAUUGAAGAAUCUAAACUAUCAAGUUUGACAGCGACGUGCAUCCAAGCAUGUGCAGAAGAUAUGGAUAUAAUAGAAAAUAAAUUGACGGAAAAUUGCAACCUUCCAUUUAAUCCCACUGAACUUUCAUCGCCAGACAAGACGGUGCAAUAUGAGCAUGAAGAUGAUGAUGAUCAGCAAAAAUGUAAGCAUUUCUCCAAUGAUGAAUAUUUUGAAAAUUUUGAUUCUGGUGUUCAGAGCCCAGCAGCGUUCACAAGCUCCAGCAGUGAUAGCAAAGAACGCAAAUCGUCAACAAGUUCCUUCGGCAGUCAAGAAAUACAACUGACCGAAGCCGUUACAAAGUGGCUCUCGGAAACGUUGAGCAAUAAACGCUUGGAAGAAUUGUUUGUACUCCCGGAAGAUCCGAUCCUACUGCACCGAAUUCAUCAAUUCAAUUUCCUGAACUUUGACGAUUCCCUCGUUUUAUCUUCGGAUACCUACAGCAGCAGCAGUUGUGAUGAAGCCGAAGAUAGCGUGGACAGCGACUAUAUGAGCGAUGUACAGGCGAAAAACCAGGAAGUCAACGGUCUCGAUGGACAGCAAAAGACAGAACCCAAGAAAGACCAGCUUGCUAAGCAGACUGCGAAUGGCCACUGUCUGGCGAAUGGAGGUGGCCAUUCUAAUCAUAAGCAAAAACGCUGUAUUAUUAUGUAAUGCCUUAUGCACCUAAAUCAUUUGUUAUGAAAAAAGAAAAACCGCGCAAAAAUAAAACAAAUAUGAAAGCAUCCUACUGAAAAAUAACACAUCCUAAACAUACGUCAUAAGUCUGCUUAAGUUCUCGUUUUCUGUUUGUAUUCGUUCGUUUUGCAUUAUUUGAACUUAAAUAUAAUGAAAUAAACCGAAAUUAAGAAUCAUGAA